UCAUCCCCUCUAGAAGUUACCCUCAAACCAAACUAUAGAACCCCAUUUCCUGAAUCGCAUUCUCCCAUUAAUAUAAAAACACUUUACACCCACAAACACACGCAUUGACUUCAAAUUUCUUCAUGACUUCAUCUCAAUUCUAUCGAUCUCUCUCGAUCUCAAUCUCAUACCCAUUUCUCUGAUCUGCUACAAUCACCCCAACAGAUUGUUAACUUCCCAUCAUGUUGCCCUCCAAUGGGGUGGUUCUAGCCACCGCCAUGGCUGCCGGAACAGCUAUUUUUCUCGCCAUCUGCCUCCAGAAACAACCCACCACCACCGCCGUCGUCUACCCCACAAGACCCUGCAUCUCUUCAGAUGGGAAGAAGAAGAAGAAGGGGAAAAAGAAGAACAAAAAGGUGAAGUUUGCAGAGGAUGUCAUGGAACCAAGUGGAAAUGGAGAUGAGUUUAGGAGAAGACUUAAAAGUAAGAAUAUUAAUCAAAACAGGAAUUAUUUGUCAAUAUUCAAAGAUGAAGGGGGUCAAAAGAAACUAUCGAGAAAUCUUAAGGGUCUCCCUGCAAAUAGGAUGGCUCUCUACUCUGGAAUUCUCAGAGAUCGUGGUGUCCAUCGAGUCGCUUGUUCUUGUUAACUCCGACUUACUUUUUACAUAUUAGGCCCUUCUUUUUUUAAAUAUUUCAUAGUUUAACCCUUCUUAUUUUUGUGGAGUGCAAAGUGUACCCUUUCUCUUUUGGUAUUUCUUUGUUAGGACCAACUUUUUUUCUGUUUCUUGCUCUUGCAUCUGAUGUUUAUGGCGGUUGUACCUUUUUCUACAAUUUGAAAGAAAUUAUAAAGGGUAGACUUGUAAUUGCGCUUUGAGGCAAGUUGUAUUUCGCUUUGGAUUUUCG